CCAACCAUGUCCGUCAAAAUACUGACUGUAGGGUCUGCCGCAGGCUCUAUACGCGACCUCUUCGCCAAAAUUAAAGCUAUCGACGCGAAACAUGGCAAAUUUGACCUUGUCCUAUGCACUGGAGACUUUUUUGGGCCACCUGGGGAUACUGGAGCUGAAGAGGAGACAAAGCAACUGCUAGACGGCAUGCUGGAAGCUCCCAUCGAAUGCUAUAUUAUGCAAGGCGACAACCCACUUUCCGACGACGUCAUCCAACGAUUUGCAAAGACCCAGGGUGAACUCUGCAAGAAUGUAUUCCUUCUUAGCAAGUCUGGAAUGAUUACAACUGCGAGUGGGUUGCGCAUAGCAUGUUUAGGUGGCCGCUAUGAUCCUGAAAUCCACUUCACUGCCGAGGCAGCACCGGCAAGUCGCGCAGGUUUCCAAUCACCAUACUUUGCAGCACAGACUGUGGAACGACUGCUAUCCAACACUUUGGCCACGUCAUCCUCGUCCUCCAAGCACAACUACAAGUCUCUUGCCGACAUCCAGGCUAACGCAUCCUCCUCCCAAUUCAUCGACAUCCUUCUCACCAAUGCAUGGCCUGCCGCUGUCGUCAACCACUCCGCUGCUACCCUACCCGCUCCGGAACUUUCUCAGAUUGGUGCACCUCCACUCGACGACGCGAUCCGGAAAGUAAAACCGCGAUAUCACUUCGCAGCCAGCGGAGGAAAGCCUUCAAUGUUUUGGGAACGAGAACCUUUCGUUUGGGACAACGAAAGCGGCCGAGUGUCCCGAUUCGUGAGCCUGGGUGCUUUCGGUGGCGAGACCACUGCAGGGAAGAAACAGCGGUGGUUUUAUGCAUUUAGUAUCGCGCCAAACUCAGCAACGGCGCCACCACCCGCCCGCCCUGCCAACACAACCAAGAAUCCAUUCACUGACUCCGUUGUGAGGGUGCCAAAACGGCCCUUUGAAAGUACAGCGGAGGGAGAGAACUUCAUUUUUGGCAAUGUUCCUCACCCACAAAAGCGGACGCGAAUCGCUCCAACUGAACCUGGGAAGCCUCCUCCCGGAUACAAAUGCCACCGUUGUGAAUCUAGCGAACAUCUUAUUAAUGAUUGUCCGGAACGGAUAAAACCUCCAGAAGGAUACGUUUGCAGGAUAUGUAACACGCCCGGACAUCUGGUGCGGGAUUGCCCAACAAGAUUCCAGCUUGGCGACACUGGUGGAAAGAAGCCGAAACCAGGGUAUAUAUGUCGAGCAUGUGGUAGCGAGGAACACUACAUCGACGACUGUCCUGCCUCUAGUCAUAGGCCCAGCAAUCUACGAGAUGGAGGGAGAGGUAGACGAGGGGGUCCACCGAAGGAAAUUGCCCCUGACGAAUGUUGGUUCUGUCUUUCAAAUCCUAACCUGGCGAAGCAUCUCAUUGUGGCCAUCGGGGCUGAGUGUUAUGUAACACUUCCCAAGGGCCAAAUACCGCCAACGCAAUCGGCAGCAGAUUCAACCUUAGUUCCGGGGGGUGGUCAUGUUCUAAUCGUACCAAUAACGCACUACCCGACGUUCUCGACAAUUCCGGGUGACCUAGCUGGUCCGAUAAACGAGGAAACUGAAAAGCACAAGACUGCGUUGAGGGCCAUGUACGCCAAAUAUGGCGCAGCAAUGGUCGCUUUCGAAGUGGGCAGAUUGAGUGCUAAAGGAGGACAUGCGCAUGUCCAAGCUGUUCCCAUCCCGCUUGCUCUCAAGGGUCAAGUUGAGAAUGCUUUCCGUUCUGAAGGCCGAAUGUCGGGUGUUGAUUUCGAAGAGGACGCUGAUGCGGCGUUGGAAGCUUGUGCUGGCGGCCGUGGAAGCUACUUUAGGGUAGAUCUUCCUGACGGGAAGAAACUGGUCCACCUCAUUAAAGAUUAUGGUCCAUUCAACCUCCAGUUCGGAAGAGCGGUGUUGACGACGCUGCUAGGAAAGCGGGAGCGAGAGGAUUGGAAGGCAUGCGUACUACCAGACGAUGAGGAGAGGGCAGAUGCGCAAGCAUUCAAGGCUGCUUUCGCGCCCUUCGAUUCGACGAGCUAA